CAAGCAAGAUUAAGGUAAUUUUAGUGAUUUAAUCAUAAAAGUAUAAAAUGUCUCUUACUGAAUGAACAAUAUGUAUUCGGUAAUUUAUUUAAAGCUUAAACCAUAGAGACGCCUCAAGUUUUAACAUAGAAUACAUUUGUUUUGCGUUUUCAAUUGAGAAAGUCUGAAAGUCUGAAAAUGUCUGGCGCAUAUUUCUUGGCUGCUGCUGAAGAAGAUCGAAAGAGGAGACAAGUUAGAGUGAACAAGCGUGUCCUGAGGGAACAGGGCAGUCCCUUGGACCUACCAGAUGACGAGUUCCUCAAACUGUUUCGCCUCACCAAACCCCUUUUCAAAGAUCUGUGCGCCGUACUCUCACCUUUUCUGCCGGGACGGCAGUAUUGCAAUGCGAUACCUCCUGAUAUAAAGAUAUUAACAGCAUUGGCAUUCUAUGGUCAAGGUGGCUAUCAAAAAGAGGUUGGCACAAGUCUCCUGGGUCUGUCACAGACGUCAGUGCACGAUUGUUUGAGGGACGUCACAAAUGCACUUAACUCUCCAAAAAUAUUAAGAAAGUACAUUAAGUUCCCUAGGACCAGUCAAGAGUUAGAGGAAGUAUCUAGAGGGUUUUUCCAAGAGUAUGGCAUACCUGGUGUGGUUGGUUGUGUGGACGGCAGCCAUGUGGCCAUCAUCCGCCCCUGUGACAAUGAAGGGGCAUAUUUCAACAGGAAAAACUAUCACUCCAUUAAUGUUUUGAUUAUAUGUGACUCAAAGCUGAACAUCCUGUACGUGGACGCGUCGUUCGGCGGCGCGUGCCCCGACUCCCACGUGUGGGGCCACUGCCCCGUCAACCAGUUCAUGCAGACAUUGCAUGCGAGGGGCGAGGGGCUUUACUGUCUGCUCGGGGACUCAGCGUACGCGCAGCGUCCGUGGCUGAUGACGCCGGUGCUGCGCGCGGGCGCCGGCUCGCCCGACGAGUACUACAACCGGCUGCACGCGAGCGCCAGGAGUGUCGCCGACCGCUGCGUCGGCGCGCUCAAGGGCCGCUGGCGCUGCAUGCUGGCACACAAGGUGCUUCGCUACAGCCCCAUCAAAGCCGGCAAAAUGGUGAACGCGUGCGUGGUACUGCACAACUUCGCCAACCAGGCCGGCCUGGUCAUGGAGCACCAGGAGCAACUGCUCCAGGAUGUGCUGGUGCAGCAGCAUGUCCUGGAGGCGGUGGAGUCGCACGACGUGGACGGCUCCAGGCAGGCCCUGGUUGGUCGCUUGUGGGCAGCGAGGAACGCCUGCAUGUAUCAGGUUGACUAUAACCGCCAUUGUGACUCGAAUCAGUAUUUUACAUAACCUUGUUAUUUUAGAUUCAUAUUUUAAUAUUGACGGUAAAACAACCGGACUCAUCCCCGAGAGGUUGUGGUUUGAUCCCGCCCACUGGACUACCUAGCAGUGGCGUAGGAUGAAAUUUUGACGAAGUUAAAGGAGGAUAGGAAUAUUUCCCAUAACUUCAAGGUCGAGGAGGAACGUCAAGGAUCUGUGACGAGUCACAGUCACAACUAAUAUUUUUUUAAUUAAAUAAAACUUUUAAUGUUUUCAUACAAAGUGAUUCCAAUAAUUCCGUCUAUCCAUGUAACACACGCCUUUAUCUACGUCAUUAUACGUACCUACGUUUAAGUUUCGUCAUUAUUAUAUAAUAGACAUAGUUUAAGGUCUAUUUACAAAAGAAAUAUUAUUGAAUCCGAAAAUAUUCAUUCAACAUUUUUAAUUAAUUUUUGUUAAAAAAUAUAGCCCUAGAGUUAUGAGAAAUACUCCCGACCCCGAGCACCCUAUAUAUGUAUGGAUUUUUAAAAGGUAACCCGGCGGGAAUCGGCCUGUAUGGCUUCUUCGCUGCAACUACCCAAUCUGCAUUUUUCAAAUUUUUAACAACACCAUUUCACAUGGCGGUAAUUUCGUGAGCAAGGUCCAAGUAUUGUGAUACUUUUUCCUUUUCAGCUUGAACUAGAUUAUCGUCAUGUGGAACAGUAAUAUCAACAACUAUUGUACGACGCACUGACCGAUCGACUAGCACUAUAUCAGGUCUAUUGGCUACAAUAUAUCUGUCAGUGAUAAUCGUUCGGUUCCAGUAGAACAAUGCACUGCUAUUUUCAAGGACUGACGCUGGGUCGUACUUAUAGUAAAUAAAUAAAAUAAAUAAGGUACGUAAGUACUUAUAGUAAGGCAUCUCAAAAUCAAUAAGGCCAUACUGAAGAGCAAGCUGUUGGUGGAUUAUGUUAGCUACUUGAUUAUGUCUGUGCAAGUAUUCGCCGUUAUCAAGGUGAGAACACCCGGACACAAUAUGCCUGAGGGACUCCCCAGGACGAUGACACGCUCGACAGAUGUCUAGAGUGCCAUCUUUCAUAAUGUGUUUCCGGUAGUUUCUCGUCUUUAUAACUUCGUCCAUAAUUGCACAGACAAAACCCUCGAUUUCCCCAAAGAGGUCACCGAAUUGCAACCAAGAUACAGAUGUUAUAUUAUUAUUAUUAUUAAUUUAAAAUAGUACAUUCUUACAUUUUCUAUCUUAAUUUCUGUGAUAUUUGUAUUUUACUUUUUUUAUAAAUUUAUAUGUAGUUAGGUUACUGUGAUAAUAAUGUAUUGUUUGCAUUAAAGGAAUUAUUUAAUAAAAAAAAUAUCCUUAAAAUUGGAGUUAUAAUGUGCCAAUUAUAAAUAAUCUCAUAAAAUGCAUUUAUAUGUAUGUAAGACUGGAAUGUAUUAAAUACUGUAAUAUUUAUAAUUAUCAAGGUGAGGUAAAAUAAAAAUGUGUUUUAUUUAAAAAAAA